AUGGGGAUGCUGUCUAGUGAAAGAGUGUUAAUCCUGUCUCUACUUUGCUUCCUGUUAAAAUUGUCAACAACAAUUGAAAUACCACUCUCAGUUCAACAGGUUCCAACAAUCAUAAAACAGUCAAAAGUGCAAGUUGCCUUUCCUUUUGACGAGUAUUUUCAAAUUGAAUGUGAAGCUAAAGGAAACCCAGAACCAAUAUUUACAUGGACUAAAGAAGACAAGGUUUUCGAUCUAUCUGACCCUCGGAUAAUUGUAUCUAACAAUUCGGGAACUUUCAAGAUACUGAAUGAGGGGCACAUAUCACAUUUUCAAGGCAAAUACCGCUGCUUUGCGUCUAAUAAACUAGGAGUUGCUAUGUCAGAAGAAAUAGAAUUUAUAGUUCCAAGUGUUCCAAAAUUCCCAAAAGAAAAAAUUGACCCUCUAGAAGUGGAGGAAGGUGACCCCAUCGUCCUCCCAUGCAACCCUCCCAAAGGCCUCCCACCUUUACACAUUUAUUGGAUGAAUAUAGAAUUAGAACACAUCCAACAAGAUGAAAGAGUCUAUAUGAGCCAAAAAGGAGAUCUGUACUUUGCAAAUGUGGAGGAAAAAGACAGUCGAAAUGACUACUGCUGCUUUGCUGCGUUUCCAAGAUUAAGGACGAUUGUACAAAAAAUGCCAAUGAAACUAACAGUUAACAGUUUAAGGCAUGCUAAUGAGUCAAGUUCAUCCACAGAAAUUAGUUCCAAUGCAAAUUCAAUCAAGCAAAGGAAACCCAGACUGCUGUUGCCUCCUCCUGAGAGAGGGAGUGAGUCUGCAGUGACCGUCCUCAAAGGGGACACCCUGCUGCUGGAGUGCUUUGCUGAGGGCCUACCAACUCCACAGGUUGAAUGGAACAAAUUGGGUGGUGAUUUGCCAAAGGGAAGAGAAACAAAAGAAAAUUAUGGCAAGACUUUGAAGAUAGAGAACAUCUCCUUCCAGGACAAAGGAAAUUAUCGCUGCACAGCCCAAAAUUCCUUAGGAAUAGUCAGUCAUGAUUUUCAUGUCAUAGUAGAAGAGCCUCCGCGCUGGAAAAAGAAACCUCAGAGUGGUGUGUACAGCACAGGGAGCAAUGGGAUCUUGUUAUGUGAGGCUGAAGGAGAACCUCAACCUACAAUCAAGUGGAGAGUCAAUGGCUCUCCAGUUGACAAUCAUCCAUUUGAGGAUGAUGUAGUCUUCCCCCAAGAAAUCAGUUUCACCAACCUACAGCCGAAUCAUACUGCUGUGUACCAGUGUGAAGCUUCCAAUGUCCAUGGAACCAUUCUGGCCAAUGCUAAUAUAGAUGUUUUGGAUGUUCUUCCAUUGAUACAAACUAAAGAUGAAGAAAAUUAUGCUACUGUGGUUGGGUACAGUGCUUUCCUGCAUUGUGAGUUCUUUGCUUCACCUGAGGCAAUAGUGACCUGGCAGACAGCAGAUGAAGCACAACCCCUUGAAGGCAGGCGCUACCAUGUCCACAGCAAUGGCACAUUACAGAUCAACAGGACCACCGAGGAAGAUGCAGGCUCCUACUCUUGUUGGGUAGAAAAUGCUAAAGGAAAAACUGCAGUCACAGCCAGUUUGGAUAUUCGAAAUGCCACAACACUUACAGUUUCUCCUAAGAACCCUCGUAUCCCCAAAUCACACAUACUUGAACUAUAUUGUGAAAGCAAAUGUGACUCUCAUUUGAAACAUAGUUUGAAGCUGUCCUGGAGCAAAGAUGGAGAAGGCUUUGAAAUUAAUGGUACAGAAGAUGGCAGGAUAGCUAUUGAUGGUGCUAAUCUGACCAUAACUAAUGUCACUUUAGAGGACCAAGGUAUUUACUCCUGUUCCGCUCAAACUGCUCUGGAUAGUGUUACUGAGGUGACUCAAGUAACUGUCCUCGGUAGCCAUAUUGUUGCAAAUCGUGUAAAAUUCCUGGCCCAGUUCCUUCUGCUAAACUUUGAGAUAUAUUUAAUACAAUUUGAAGGAAACAGAGCAAAGAAACCUGGAAAUGGGAAAGAACUAACUAGAGUCCAGGGAGAAGGAAAAACAGUUAUACUUGCCUUUGGCUCCAUUAUUGUGAGAUACCAGUUCAGGAUCAUAGCUGUUUGAACUGAAGUAGGGAGAAGUCAACCUAGCCAGCCAUUCCAGACCAUCUGAAACCCCACUGCAGCUCCAGACAAGAAUCCACAGAACUUAAGAGUUCAAGCAUCUCAACCCAAGGAGAUGAUUAUAAAGUGGGAGCCUUUGAAAUCCAUGGAGCAGAAUGGGCCAGGACUGGAGUACAGAGUGACCUGGAAGCCACAGGGAGCCCCAGUGGAGUGGGAAGAGGAAACAGUUACAAACCACACAUUGCGGGUGAUGACACCUACUGUCUAUGCUCCUUAUGAUGUCCAAGUCCAAGCCAUCAAUCAACUUGGCUCUGGUCCAGAGCCUCAGUCAGUGACUCUCUAUUCUGGGGAAGACUAUCCUGACACAGCUCCAGUGAUUCAUGGCGUGGACAUUAUAAACAGCACCUUAGUUAAAGUUACCUGGUCAACAAUUCCAAAGGACAGAGUACAUGGACAUCUGAAAGGAUAUCAGAUAAAUUGGUGGAAAACAAAAAGUCUGUUAGAUGGAAGAACACACCCCAAAGAAGUGAACAUUCUAAGAUUUUCAGGACAAAGAAAUUAUGGAAUGGUUCCUUCCCUGGAUGCUUUUAGUGAAUUUCAUUUAACUGUCUUAGCCUAUAAUUCCAAAGGAGCUGGUCCAGAAAGUGAACCUUAUAUAUUUCAAACACCAGAAGGAGUUCCUGAACAGCCAGCUUUUCUCAAAGUCAUCAAAGUGGACAAAGACACUGUCACUUUAUCUUGGGGACUACCUAAAAAAUUGAAUGGAAAUUUAACUGGCUAUUUAUUACAAUACCAGAUAAUAAAUGAUACCUAUGAGAUUGGAGAAUUAAAUGAUAUCAACAUCACCACUCCAUCAAAGCCCAGCUGGCGCCUCUCAAACCUCAGUGCCACAACAAAAUACAAGUUCUACUUGAGGGCUUGUACUUCAAAAGGCUGUGGAAAGCCAGUCACUGAAGAAAGCGCGACUUUAGCAGAAGGGAGUAAAGGUAUCAGGAAGAUCUCAGAAGGAGUAAAUCUUACCCAAAAGAUUCACCCAAUAGAGGUACUUGAGCCGGGAGCGGAACAUAUAGUUCGCCUAAUGACUAAGAAUUGGGGUGAUAACGAUAGCAUUUUUCAAGAUGUAAUUGAGACAAGAGGGAGAGAAUAUGCCGGUUUAUAUGAGGACAUCUCUACUCAAGGAUGGUUUAUUGGACUGAUGUGUGCGAUAGCUCUCCUCACACUAAUACUGCUAACUGUUUGCUUUGUGAAGAGGAACAAAGGAGGAAAGUAUUCAGUGAAAGAAAAGGAAGAUUUGCAUCCAGACCCAGAAGUUCAGUCAGUAAAAGAUGAAACUUUUGGUGAAUACAGUGACAGUGAUGAGAAACCCCUCAAAGGAAGCCUUCGGUCCCUCAAUAGGAACAUGCAGGCCACGGAAAGUGCUGACAGUUUAGUGGAGUACGGAGAAGGGGAUCACGGUCUAUUCAAUGAAGAUGGGUCGUUCAUUGGUGCAUACGCUGCAUCCAAGGAGAAGGGAUCUGUUGAAAGCAAUGGAAGUUCAACAGCAACAUUUCCACUGCGGGCAUAA